CAUGUUUUCGCACCUUCUGGUGGCAUCGGCUCCUGCCCUCAUAACACUCUUCAGAUUUUGUGCAGCCCGUUCUUGGGAUUAUGAGCCAAAAUCUGUGACGGUAAGCUCCUCCGACGAACAGAAACUGAGAAUAUCUUUUCGGGUGGAUCGAAUUAACCGCGGUGAAUAUGCCCUGUCCGGUGAAAUCGACUGGAAGUACGAUGUCCAAGAUGAUACUAUGAUUGAGAUCCUGUGUUAUCGAAGUAAUUCAGGCGGUAACGAUUGGAAAAUAAUGCCGUGGUCGAUACCCUACCAAAAAUAUGAAGAUUUUGUUAACACGUUCUAUAAAGAAAUGGUUACAAAAAGCAUUGGACAUUGUACAAAUAUGCCUCAAUACGAGAAAAAAUAUCAGCCCCCAUGGCCGAAAAAGCUUUAUGUGUUUGAUCACUGUGUGGUUAACGGUGAUGGUUUCCCUGAGCAUAUGGUUGAGGGUUAUUACAAAGUAAUUAUCAAUAUUACCGGUGAGGUUCAUUGGGUACUUACAUUUGUGCUCAAGGUGACAUCAAAAUUGUUUUAA